AUGAGCUGUUACUACGGCAACUACUAUGGUAGUCUGGGCUAUGGCCUUGGAGGACUGGGCUGUGGCUAUGGCUGCUUCCAGGGCUGUGGCUAUGGCUCCCACUAUGGAGGCUAUGGAGGCUAUGGAGGUUAUGGAUAUGGCUGCUACCGCCCAUGCUGCUAUGGAAGAUAUUGGUCAUCUGGCUUAUACUGA